AUGGGGUCUCGUAGGUGGCAGUGGCCUCCUCUCCGUGCUGUGGACUCGGGGAUGAAACCCGGCUCCAGACCAGAGACUGCCGACGAGCGCCCUCGGGGUCGUCCUCAUUGGCCGGUGCAGGGGGAUGUCCUCGUUCCGCGAUGGACCGGUGGAGCUGAGGGACCUCCGUCGUUGUCGUCGCCGCUGUCGUCGCUGCUGUCACCGCCGUCGUUGUCGUCGCUGCCGCCCCCCAUUACGACUGGAGGAGUGAGCUACCAUGACCAGCCGUGGCAUAAGGAAUGCUUUGUUUGUGCUGGAUGCAAAAUGCAGCUGGCUGGGCAGAGAUUCACCUCUCGAGACGGCACCUACUGCCUCGAGUGUUUCUGCAACCUGUUUGCAAAGAAAUGCGCCCACUGCACCAACCCAAUCAGUGGUCUCGGGGGCAGCAAGUACAUCUCAUUUGAGGAUCGGCAGUGGCACAACGACUGCUUCAACUGCCAAAAAUGCAGCUCGUCGAUGGUUGGUCGAGGCUUCCUGACGUUCAAAAACGACAUCCUCUGUCCUGACUGUGGUAAAGACCUCUGAGGGGUCACCAGCACCCAGGAGGCAAACCAGUUUGACGGCCAAUCGAGACAACUCGGCAGAAUAUUCAAACUAUGACUAUUAUUUUCCAGUUUAAUGAAUAUUAACCAGCAUGAUGUCUUUCUUUGGUUUUAAUUGAGAAACUGGAACCAGUUUUAAGCAAUAGUUUGUCUUAAAGAUCAAAUGAAAAACUAUAUAAAUAUCAGUUUGAAGUGAAAACCUUUGCUGCCUAAUUUCUUCUACGUUUAACAGUAUUUAAGUAUUUUUAUUAAAUAGUAAUGUCGUAUAGGUUUUCCUACUAAUUCUUCUCUGUCUAAUAAUUUUGGAUGUUUCAUCUGUAGGUAUUCCUGGAUGUCAGUAGAAUUAAAAUCUAUUAUUCUCAAUUAUUUGUCAGUCAAAAGAAGUUUUGUUUUUUGUUUAGGCUGAUGUAAAUUCUUAAUGUUCUUUUAAUUUUUUCAAGCACUAUGACCUCUAUUUUAAAGGCUAACAAUUUUUCCCAAUAUGUUUUGUUUUCAUUUCCUGUAGUCUUGUAAUGUUAUCUA